UACUUGUUGUGAUCUAACCUUAGAAUUUUAGGAUUGUGUUUAGGAUGUGGUUUAGGAUAUUUACUAUUUACACGCAAGGUGUUUAAAGAUUUUUAAAAAAACUUUAAAAAAAUGGAGAAAGCCUUAAAAAAUAAAACCGAUAAUAGAGGAGUUGUAGAGAGCGGUUUAACGCACGAAUGUGGAGUUUUCGCUGCUAUAGGGAACGAAGAAUGGGAGAACAGCAAUGAAAUUGCUCAGAUUAUUAUGAUAGGAUUACAAGCAUUACAACAUAGGGGACAAGAAUCUACGGGAAUAGUUACCAGUGAAGGAAGUAACGAAUUUAAUAUAGAAAAAGGUAUGGGUCUUGUGAAAAACGUUUUUACAAAUGAAAGUAUGUCUCGCCUUAACGGAUACAUGGGUAUAGGUCAUACCAGGUAUUCAACAAGUGCUAAGUCUACUGUGGUUAAUGCACAACCCUUUGUUGUACAUUCGAUGCAUGGUUCUCUGGCAGUUGCACAUAAUGGCGAGCUUGUGAAUGCAUCUGCCUUAAGAAAGCAGGUAUUGGAUAGAGGUGUUGGUCUGUCGACUUACUCAGACAGUGAGCUAAUAACACAAGCUUUGUGCUUGAUACCACCAGAUGGUGAAGUGAAUGGACCUGACUGGCCCGCACGUAUAAGACAUUUGAUGCAAUGGGCCCCCUUAAGCUACUCUCUUGUUAUUAUGUUAAAAGAUAGGAUAUAUGCUGUGAGGGAUCCUUAUGGUAACAGACCGUUGUGUUUAGGGAAAAUCUUGGCAUCAACUACAGAAAUGGUCAAUGGAUAUUCGGAUAACAUUCUGGAUAAACCUGCAGACGGAUGGGUCAUAGCAUCCGAAUCCUGUGCCUUUUUGAAAAUAACCAAAUACAUAAGAGAGAUAGAACCAGGAGAAAUAGUGGAGUUAACAAAGAAUGGUCCUAAAACCAUUGACAUUAUUUGUACUCCAGAAGGAAAAAAAUUGGCCUUCUGUAUAUUCGAAUACGUGUAUUUUGCCAGGCCUACCAGUAUAUUUGAAGGACAAGAGGUUUAUAAUGUGAGAGUGCAUUGCGGCAGACAACUAGCUCUAGAACACCCUAUAGAAGCCGAUAUUGUCGGAUCAGUGCCGGAGUCAGGGAACGCUGCCGCUCACGGGUAUUCUUUGGAGUCAAAUAUUCCCCAAGGCGAGUUGCUAGCGAAAAACAGCUAUGUCGGAAGAACUUUUAUACAACCCACUAAUCGAUUGAGACAGAUGAAUGUGGCUCUUAAAUUUAGUCCUAUACUGACCAAUGUUAGGGGCAAAAGGGUUAUUCUAAUAGACGAUUCGAUAGUAAGAGGUAACACUGUAGGACCAAUCAUAAAGCUCUUGCGCAAAGCUGGUGCCAAAGAAGUUCAUAUAAGAAUUGCAAGUCCACCAUUAAAGUAUCCUUGUUACAUGGGUAUAAAUAUACCAACGAGAGAUGAACUCAUAGCUAACGCUAAGGAUUUCGAAGAUAUUGCUCUAAAAGUUGGCGCGGACAGUUUGCAAUAUCUUAGCGUGGAAGGACUGGUAAAAGCAGUGAAUAAAGACCUUAAAAUAAAAAAGAGAGAAGUUGGCCACUGCACUGCCUGUUUAACCGGUGAAUACCCGGGAGGAUUACCAGAUGAAUUACGUUGGUAAUUCGAAGCACUGUCAUAAAAAUAUUUAGUUUAUUUUAACACUAGAAUCUCUCAGGGAGCAAAGAAAAUCAUAUACCUACUGUUGUCUAUACAGGGUAUCUAAUUUAGAUGGUGCUAUCUCUCUAAAAAAAUGCAUUUCGAAAAAUUAAUUGUUCUUUAAAUAUUUCACGAAAUCUAUUUCGAAGUUAUUCACAAAUCACCCUGAAUCUCAGAAACUAACGGGAGUUUGGGAACGCGGUAAAAAGAUCUUAUAUAUAGAAUGCAUAAAAAGGCAACUUUUCUCUAAUUUAACCCAUCUUGCAACGCUUACAGUUAGGAAGAUAACUAUAGUAGCAUCACCAGAAUUAGACAUCCUGGUUCAUAAAUUAUAUAUUUGUAUCAUAUACGGGGUGUUCAAAAAUGCACAAGGCCAUAUUUCAUUGGGUAUACAACAUAUUAUAAUAGGGCAUUUAUGUAGUUAAGAUUAUUUUAGUUUUUAAAGGGAAAAUCUUCAGAAUAUUUUAGUUAUAUUCUGUUAUUUUAAUAGAUCUGAAAAUUAGCUUUAAGUAUAACUUGAAAAUUCAUAUCAUUUUACUUAGACAAAAAAAAUAAGUUUAAAACCAAAGUUUUGCGAUUUACACUAAACUCUACAUUUACAUCAAGUUUUUUAUUACUUCCAAUAGGUAAGCCUGUGUAGGUAACGCACUAAACAUCUCUGAAAACCCUGUAUAAAGAUAAUUAUUAUGGAUUUUUGUGACUGUCCAAGUAUACAUUCCAUAAAAACGAUAGAUUUUAUUUUGCGCUAAAACCAAAAAAAAACUUUUCUUAUGAACAUUUCAAUGUUUUUUUUUUGUUUAAGUACCAUACGAUCGAAAAAAAAACGGCAUUGGAGGCGGCAUGGAAAUG